UCACAACGUAAGAAACUUUCGUGGUGAGCGGACGUGUUGCUGCGGAACAAGAAAUCAAAAAAAAAUUUGUUGUACAAUAAUUAUAAUACCGAAUUGUAAUUGUGCAAAAAUAUUCUAAAAAUUAAUUGAAUUCAAUUCAACGCGCGCGCACCAGCAGCAGCAAAAAAUAAAAUAAACAAGUGCAGCAACAACAACAAAAACAACAGCAAUAAUAAUUUUUAAGUUGAAUUUAUCGCUUGACAAAUCAAAACAUAACAAUAAUCCAACGAAAAGUGGAAGAAAAGCCGCCGACGCCGCCGUCGACGAGAACGAGUAACAAAGCAAAGAAUAGCUAAAUAACUGUGUAUGCCAAGUUUUCCUUUUGUGGCUGUUCUCAAAUCAAAAUAUACAAAAACGAAAUAAACAAAAAUUAGGCGAACAGAGCGCAACAAAAAGAAAAAACGACAACAACAAGUAGUGUGCAAGCAAAAGUAAAAAGGAAGCAGUUUUUUAUUGUUGUGUGCUUUCUACUUGUACGCAGCGCAUGUGAACCGUGGGUGAAAAAGGGCCAAAGCAAAGAAACAAGACCAACAACAACAACAACAACGACGACAACAGCAGGGACCAGCACAAGUGCAACGCGCAACGGCUGUGUUUUUGUGUGCGUAUGUGUGUGUGAGGCAGGAAGAGACGGAAGUACUUUGUGCUCUUUGUGGCUGCGGCCUGCUCUUCCUCUAUAACGUCUCCAGCUUGCGCUCGAUUUGUUUUUGUGUUUUGUUAUUUUCUGUGCGCCAUUCCCUUUUGGCGCUGACAUUCGCUUGCAAUGGCAAAUAAGAAAACAUACACAAAACACUUUUAAAGCAAGCGCAGCGCAGCGAUAAAAGCAACGGUCAACACAGGAUUAACGUAACGUACCCUUGGUCCCCAGUCGCAGCUACCAAGUCACUUCACAAUGGCCACUUGACGUCGCGUCGCAGUAGCAGCGAACGACGACGCGUCUCAGCAGAACCAGGAAAUCGGCUGUCGUCGCAGCAGCAGCAGCAGCAGCAAAGUGCAUGCAUUACGUCGCGUGACGUUCGGCUAACGUAACGUUACGUAGUAGUGCUGCAGUUGUAGUUAAGGCGAGCGUCGUCAAAGAAGAAGAAGAACAAGCAGAAGCAACAACACAUUAACAACAAGUGUAACGCGCGUUUUCUGGAUCUGGACAACAUAUCCGCUUCCGCGUUGCGCUGUCGCUGAGAGCUUUAAGCUUAACAGAACGGCAAACAGACAACGGUCAUUACAAUAACAACAACAACAACAACAGCGACCUACGUCACGGCACAGUGGAGCAAAAGCAAACAGAUUAAUCUUAAUCUUGUGGCUUUGCCUUCGAUUAGAACACACACAGCGCGUUUUGCAUGUCCAAAAUGAAAAUGCUUCCAGUACAGCUAUCACUGAAUCCGCUCAAUCCCAGCAUCUGGAGCGAUGUCAUCUGGCGCUGCCCGCCGCCGCCCUCCAGCCAGUUGGCGGAGCUGAAGACCCAGCUGCCGCCGUCGCUGCCAUCGGAUCCGCGUCUGUGGAGCCGCGACGAUGUGCUCGACUUUCUGCGCUUCUGCGUGCGCGAAUUCGAUCUGCCCAAGCUCGACUUUGAUCUCUUCCAAAUGAACGGCAAGGCCCUGUGCCUGCUGACACGCGCCGACUUUGGGCAUCGGUGUCCCGGCGCCGGCGAUGUCCUGCACAAUGUGCUCCAGAUGCUCAUCAUCGAGUCGCACAUGAUGCAAUGGCAUUUGCCCAACAGCCCCGUCACGCCCACCGGCCGAUAUCCGCUGUCCCCGCACAGCCACCCGCCGACGCCCACCUGGCCGCCGCUGAAUGCGCCGCCCGAGAGCAGCAAUCCCUUCCACAGCAACAGCAGCGCCGCAGCCCACAUGGCGGCGCAUCAUUUCAUGGCGCCCAAUUCCGUGACGCUCAGCCCGCCGCCUUCGGUUGACUCGCAGGCCAGCAGUCCGCCCCAGCCGGCGGCCUAUCAAAAUGGCGGCGUUGCCCUCUCCAAUGCUGCUGCAGCCGCCGCCGCCGGCGGCACAACAAACGCAACGACGAGCUCCGCCGCCGCCGCAGCCGGCAGCUCCAGCGGCAGCAGCACGGCCAGCAAUGGCUGCGUCCAGCCCAUGAAGGGCAUCAGCAGUGCCAGCAGCAAUCACUCCGACUCCGAGGAGGAGUACUCCGAGCCGAGCAACAACAACAGCAGCAAGGCGAAUGCUCUGGCAACGGGUCCGCUCUCCUACAGCGCUGGCAGUCCGCCGGGCACGCCCAUACACAAGGACAUGAAGCCCAACUGGACGCAACAGUUGACCAACAGCUUUGUCAACUCCUGGUCACAGCAGCAACAACAACAACAACAACAACAACAGCAACAACAGCAGCAACAACAACAACAACAACAGCAGCAACAAUCGAAGCAGCAGCAGCAGCAGCUGACGCUGGAGAACACGGGCGGCGCGGUGUUGGCGCCGGGCGGAGGCUCCAUUUCGGCUCCAACGACGCCCAGCUACAUGUACAAAGCGAAGCGGGAAUUCUUUCCCGAGAACUCGGAGCCGAAUACAAAUGGCCGCCUCCUGUGGGACUUUCUGCAGCAGCUGUUGAACGACCGCAACCAGAAGUACAGUGAUUUGAUUGCCUGGAAGUGCCGCGACACGGGCGUCUUCAAGAUCGUGGAUCCCGCCGGGCUGGCCAAGCUGUGGGGCAUCCAGAAGAACCACCUGUCGAUGAACUACGACAAGAUGUCGCGCGCCCUGCGCUACUAUUACCGCGUCAACAUCCUGCGCAAGGUGCAGGGCGAGCGGCAUUGCUAUCAGUUUCUGCGCAAUCCCACGGAGCUGAAGAACAUCAAGAACAUAUCCCAGCUGCGCCAGACGACAACGCCUGUGGUGGGACCAGGUGGACCAGGUGGAGGCGCUGCCGGUGGUGCGCCAGGCACGCCCAAUCAGGCGGGCAGCCAGGCGCCCGGCAGUCCCAGCUGGACGCAGCAGCAACAACAACAGCAGCAGCAACAGCAGCAGCAGCAACAACUGCAGCAGUCGCCGCAGCGCCCGGCGUCGAGAAACGGGCCCAACAUGUCGCUGCCGACCGCGGCGGCUGUUGCAGCGGCCGCGGCCGCCGCGUACGGACCGCAGCCGACGUCGCCGCUCUUCAUGCACGCCUUUCACUAUCUGUCCGCCAAUGCGGCGGCCGCGGCAGCUGCCACAGCUGCACAGCCGCCCGGCUCGCCGGCGGGAGUGCAGUGCCUGACGCCCGGUGCGCCCGUCUCCGCGCCCGGGGACAAAUUCCAAUUUCAUCCGCUGAAGCUGGAGAACGGCGACAGCGCUGGCGAGGAUCUGAAGCCGACCGAUCUGAGCGUGAGCAGCAAAAGCGCCGCCAGCAGCAGCAGCGGCAGCAAUAGCCACAACAACGAGGAUUGCUAUCCGCUCAUACGCAAUGCGGACGGCCUGACCACCAUCAAGCUGAUACGCUACAACGACCAGCCGGAGCUAAAGACGGAGGCAACAGAGCAGGGAGCUGCUGGUGGAGCACCAGGCAGCAGCAGCAGCGCCACCGGCUCGCCCAGGCCCAUGGAUGCAGUCGAGCGGGAACGGGAGCGGGAGAGGGAACGGGAGCAGCAGUCGCAGCCUGUGCCCAUGGACAGCGAAUGCAAUGGCAGCGAGGAGGCGGCAUUUAGGCAUAUGCAUUAGGCUCUGCAACACGCACAACAACACACCCACCCACACCAACACACACACACAUGCACUAUGACAAUCAGCCACACACCGACACACACCCGCAACUUUACCUGAGCAAUAAAUGCAGCUGCCUUUGGGACCAGCCAACAGCAACAACAACAACAACAACAAUAUACACACACACUCUCAUUACCUUUUGUACAUACCAACACACACACACACCGGCACACCCUUUGUGUGUGUUAAUUAGCGCCUAGUUUUUGUCUGUCAUUUUAAAAGGCAGCCUUAAAUAUUUAAUUUAAAUACAUAUUUUAACAUUUAAAUCUAUGCAUAAGCUACACACACACCCACACACACACACACACACACACAUGUGUAAUUUGUUUAUACUUAAGUAGUUCUUCAUUUUUGGAUCGGCGCAGCGCAGCCUUCAACGAUUUACAGAGUUAUGUGCCAAUUUUUCUACAUAAUACAACUAAGCUUAACAAUUAUUAAAUUUA